UGGAGAGGGUCGAGCGCGGACGGCUGCUGCUAGCACAGAGCGGCUGGGUUGGCGGGCCGCACAGGACGCGAGGACUGUCACUGUGGACGCGCCGAGCUCACCAACCCGGGACAACGGCCUCUGGGCAGCAUCAGGCCUUUUCCUCUGGACUCGACGCUCCCGAUCCCGGGUGAGCAGCGUUCAGGGCGUAGAGUGAUGUCUGCGGAAGCCCACAGCAGUCCCCGGGGGAACCCAGCGCCUUCGUUCGAGCUUCUCUUUUGCGUUUUGGCUGCACUGGGGAUGCUGUGGUCCCCCGCAUCGCUGGCGUUCAACUUGGACGUAGACAAGCUCACCGUGUACACUGGCCCCGAGGGCAGCUACUUUGGCUACUCACUGGACUUCUACAUACCUGAUGCGCAUACAGCCAGUGUCUUGGUGGGGGCGCCCAAAGCCAACACUAGCCAGCCGGAUAUCGUAGAAGGGGGAGCUGUCUACUACUGUCCCUGGCCGGCAGAGAGGUCUGCACAAUGCAAGCAGAUACCGUUUGACAACACCAACAACAGGAAAAUCCGAGUUAAUGGAACCAAAGAACCUAUAGAGUUUAAAUCAAACCAAUGGUUUGGAGCAACAGUGAGAGCUCACAAAGGAAAAGUUGUGGCCUGUGCCCCUUUGUAUCACUGGAGGACUCUUAAACCUAAUCCAGCAAAGGACCCGGUUGGCACAUGCUAUGUAGCAAUUCAGAAUUUCAGCGCUUAUGCCGAGCACUCUCCUUGCCGGAACAGUAAUGCUGAUCCUGAAGGCCAAGGUUACUGCCAAGCAGGCUUUAGUCUGGACUUCUAUAAGAAUGGAGACCUUAUAGUGGGAGGACCUGGAAGCUUCUACUGGCAAGGUCAGGUGAUCACUGUCAGCGUAGCAGAUAUCAUUGCAAAUUACUCAUUCAAGGAUAUUCUAAGAAAACUGGCAGGAGAAAAGCAGACAGAUGUGGCUCCAGCUUCCUACGACGACAGCUACCUUGGAUAUUCGGUUGCUGCCGGAGAAUUCACUGGGGACUCGCAGCAAGAAUUGGUUGCUGGGAUUCCAAGAGGAGCGCAGAACUUUGGAUAUGUCUCCAUCAUUAAUUCCACAGACAUGACCUUCAUUCAGAAUUUCACUGGCGAACAGAUGGCGUCUUACUUCGGGUAUACCGUUGUGGUAUCGGAUGUUAACAGUGAUGGCAUGGAUGACAUAUUGGUGGGGGCGCCUCUCUUUAUGGAGCGUGAAUUUGAAAGCAAUCCUAAAGAAGUAGGGCAGGUCUACCUGUACCUACAAGUGAGCACCCUCCUCUUCCAGGACCCACAGGUCCUCACCGGCACGGAGACUUUCGGGAGAUUCGGCAGUUCUGUGGCCCACUUGGGGGACCUGAACCAAGAUGGAUACAACGACAUCGCCAUUGGUGUACCCUUUGCAGGCAAGGAUCAAAGAGGCAUGGUGCUAAUCUACAAUGGAAACCCAAAAGGCUUGCAUACCAAGCCUUCCCAAGUUCUGCAAGGAAUGUGGGGCUCAGAGGCCAUCCCUUCUGGAUUUGGCUUUUCUCUAAGAGGAGACGCAGACAUAGACAAGAAUGAUUACCCAGAUUUACUUGUAGGGGCAUUUGGAAAGGGGAAAGUAGCUGUUUACAGAGCGAGGCCAGUUGUGACAGUGGAUGCCCAGCUCCUGCUGCACCCAAUGAUUAUCAACCUUGAAAAUAAAACUUGCCAGAUUCCGGAAUUCCCGACCCCUGUGGCCUGCUUUUCUUUAAGAGUCUGUGCAUCUAUAGCGGGCCAGAGCAUUUCAAAUACAAUAGCCCUGAGGGCCGAGGUGCAGUUAGAUUUCUUGAAGCAAAAAGGCGCCAUCAAGCGGACACUCUUCCUCCACAACCAUCAGUCCCAUCUCAUCUUCCCCUUUGUGGUAGAGCGACAGAAAUUCUUCCACUGCCAGGAUUUUAUGGUUUACCUUCGAGAUGAAACUGAAUUCCGAGAUAAAUUAUCUCCAAUCAACAUUAGCUUGAACUACAGUUUGGAUGAUUCCACCUUUAAAGACAGCCUGGAGGUGAAACCAAUUUUGAACUACUACAGGGACAAUGUUGUCACUGAGCAGGCUCGCAUCCUGGUGGACUGUGGAGAAGACAAUCUCUGUGUCCCUGACUUGAAGCUGUCGGCUAGACCAGACAAACAUCAGAUAAUUAUUGGCGAUGAAAAUCACCUUAUGCUCAUAAUAAAUGCGAGGAAUGAAGGAGAAGGAGCCUACGAAGCUGAACUCCUCGUUAUGAUCCCGGAAGAAGCGGACUAUGUUGGGAUUGAGCGCAACAACAAGGCACUGAGGCCACUGAGCUGUGAGUACAAGAUGGAAAACGUGACAAGGAUGGUGGUGUGUGACCUAGGCAACCCGAUGGUGACUGGAACAAACUUUUCUCUGGGCCUCCGAUUUGCCGUUCCUCGUCUUGAGAAAACAAACAUGAGCAUUAACUUCGAUCUCCAAAUCAGAAGCACCAACAAGGACAAUCCAGACAGCAAUUUUGUGAGUGUGCAAAUCAACAUCACUGCUGUUGCUCAAGUAGAAAUAAGAGGAGUGUCCCACCCUCCACAGAUUGUUCUGCCCAUCCAUAACUGGGAACCGGAAGAGGAGCCCCACAGGGAAGAGGAAGUCGGUCCUUUGGUUGAGCACAUUUAUGAGCUGCACAAUAUUGGACCCAGCACCAUCAGUGACACCAUUCUAGAAGUGGGCUGGCCAUUCUCUGCACGGGAUGAGUUUCUCCUCUAUGUUUUUCGUCUUCAGACUCUGGGUCCUCUACGAUGUCAAACGAAUGCUGAGAUCAACCCCCAGGAUAUAAAGCCUGCUGUUUCCCCAGAGGACACCCCCGAGCUCAGUGCCUUCUUAAGAAAUGCUACAAUUCCUCAUCUUGUCAGGAAGAGGGAUGUGCCGGUGGUCCAGCUCCACAGACAGAGUCCUGCAAAAACACUGAACUGUACAAACAUUGAGUGCUUGCAAAUCUCUUGUGCAGUGGGACGGCUUGGAGGAGGAGAGAGCGCAGUCCUGAAGGUCAGAUCAAGACUGUGGGCCCACACAUUCCUUCAGAGAAAGAAUGACCCUUAUGCUCUUGCAUCCCUGGUGUCCUUUGAAGUGAAAAGGAUGCCUUAUAAAGACCAGCCAGCAAAGCUUCCAGCCGGGAGCACAGUGAUUAAGACGUCGGUUAUUUGGGCCACUCCAAAUGUCUCCUUCUCAAUUCCACUGUGGGUCAUAAUACUAGCGGUCCUUCUUGGCUUGCUGGUGUUGGCCAUCUUAACUUUAGCUUUAUGGAAGUGUGGAUUCUUUGAUAGAGCAAGACCACCCCAGGAUGAAAUGACGGACCGGGAACAACUGACCAGUGACAAGACCCCAGAGGCAUGACUUAGACACAUGAAGACCUAAAACCCAAGCACUGGUCCUG